CGGCGCGGCGGCGCAGGCGCAGUGCGCGCUCUCCGGCGGGCCGGCUGGUCGACCGCGCUCCCCCGGCCGAUCUGUUCAGAGUCUCCGGACCGCUCACCUAGAUGACCAAAAUGGACAUCCGGGGUGCCGUGGACGCUGCCGUCCCGACGAACAUCAUUGCGGCCAAGGCGGCGGAGGUGCGGGCGAACAAAGUGAACUGGCAGUCCUAUCUGCAGGGCCAAAUGAUUUCCAGUGAAGACUGUGAAUUUAUUCAAAGGUUUGAAUUGAAGAGAAGCCCAGAGGAGAAACAAGAGAUGCUCCAGAAUGAAGGCAACCAGUGUGCCAAAACGUUCAUUAACCUGAUGACUCAUAUCUCCAAAGAACAAACAGUUCAGUACAUACUAACUAUGGUUGAUGACAUGCUUCAGGAAAAUCACCAGCGAGUUAGCAUUUUCUUUGACUACGCGAAACGUGGCAAGAACACCGCCUGGUCCUACUUCCUGCCAAUGUUGAACCGCCAGGAUCUUUUCACUGUCCACAUGGCUGCAAGAAUUAUUGCCAAAUUAGCAGCCUGGGGAAGAGAACUGAUGGAAGGCAGCGACUUGAAUUACUAUUUCAACUGGAUAAAAUCUCAGCUCAGCUCACAGAAACUUCGUGGUAGCGGUGGUGCUGUUGAAACAGGAACGGUCUCUCCAAGUGAUAGCUCCCAGUAUGUCCAGUGUGUGGCUGGUUGCCUUCAACUGAUGCUCCGGGUUAACGAAUAUCGCUUUGCCUGGGUGGAAGCUGAUGGAGUAAAUUGUAUCAUGGGCGUUCUGAGUAACAAAUGUGGCUUCCAACUUCAGUAUCAGAUGGUUUUCUCCAUUUGGUUAUUGGCCUUUAGUCCUCAAAUGUGUGAAUAUUUGCGUCGUUACAAUAUCGUUCCCGUCUUGUCCGAUAUUCUUCAAGAGUCCGUCAAAGAGAAAGUGACUAGAAUCAUUCUUGCAGCAUUCCGGAACUUUUUAGAGAAAUCCACUGAAAGAGAAACACGCCAAGAAUAUGCCCUGGCUAUGAUCCAGUGUAAAGUUCUGAAACAGCUGGAGAACUUGGAGCAGCAAAAAUAUGAUGAUGAAGAUAUUAGUGAGGAUAUUAAGUUUCUUUUAGACAAACUCGGUGAGAGUGUCCAGGAUCUUAGCUCAUUUGAUGAAUACAGUUCAGAACUCAAGUCAGGAAGAUUGGAAUGGAGCCCUGUACACAAGUCUGAGAAAUUUUGGCGAGAGAAUGCUGUGAGGUUAAAUGAAAAGAACUAUGAGCUGUUAAAAAUCUUGACAAAGCUUCUGGAGGUUUCAGAUGACCCUCAGGUGUUAGCUGUUGCUGCUCAUGAUGUGGGAGAAUACGUUCGACAUUACCCGCGGGGCAAACGAGUUAUUGAACAACUUGGUGGGAAGCAGCUAGUCAUGAACCAUAUGCAUCAUGAAGACCAGCAGGUUCGAUAUAAUGCUCUUCUGGCUGUGCAGAAGUUAAUGGUUCACAACUGGGAAUACCUUGGGAAGCAGUUGCAGUCUGAGCAACCCCAGACAGCCACUGCCCGAAGCUGAAUUGGAAAAUCCUUUCCCUGAAUCGGAGGCUGUUCCUUCGGUGGCCCAGCAGGAGGGACGAGCUGGAUAACUAGUUGAAAGAUUAAAUCAUUUUAUUUGUGACUUUGGCCUUCUACUGUGGAAGCUCUUUUUUCUCCCCCUAGUUUUCUUCCAAUGCUAUUCUAAUGAAACUCAAUGUACGUUAAGCUCUAUCACUUGAAUAAUUUAAAAUUGCACUUCCUAAAGCUAAAAGAAAUAUGGCUGUUACAGGUACUGCCUUUGUUUUCUGUAUUUAUUGUUGUAUUGAGAUUGAUUGUUAUUAAAGGAUAUACAUUCCAGACCA